UUGAAACAAUUUACGACUGUCAAAUCUGUUUGGUUUUCUACCAGCCAACAACAAAAAUAUUUUCACUGUCUUCCGAUAGUAAGUAAUAGGUCGGUCAAAAAUGGAAGCCGAGGUAGUUACCGGAGUAUCAAGAUCAGGACGUGUGCGAAAGAAGUCCUCCAAGCUAAUGGAUUUCCAAAGCAUUGACGAAUUGGAAUUGUCAAAAGUCAAGAAACCGACUCCCAGGUCCCUGAAAAUGUCCUCUCCAUCCCUGUCCGAUCAGUCGUCUCCGAUAAAAAGUGAAUUCAUGGAAGCUCCUUUGGACAUAACGCCCGAAGCGUUGAAAAAUGAGCAAAUGGAUAUUGACGACGACGAUGACGAUCUGAUGCUCGAUUCUAGUGGCAGUGAUUCGGAUGAAGGAAACAAUCCGUUGCUCAUUGAUACGACUGUCCGUAAGAGUGCGUAUAUGACCGAAAAGUCGACGAAGAAAAAGAUUUACAAAGACGGAAAAUUGGUCCUAGGCAAACCGCAGCGAAAAGACAAAGGCAAGUCUCGAUUCACCGCUUACAUGCUUUGGGCGAAAGACGUCCGCCAGCAGAUGUUGUCAAUUCAUCCGGAUCUUGAUUUCGCUACAAUUUCACGUAAACUCGGCGAAAUGUGGGCCAAUGUUCCAAGCAGCGAAAAAUACAAUUGGCGACGACGCGCUAAGCGUCUUUCAUCCAAAGGCAAAGAGAAAGUCAUCGGCAAAUCGUUGAAUCAGGUGCCCAGCUCAAAGUUCAUCAAUCGACAUACGACUCCAUCCACAAAGACUAAACAGAAGCGAACGCCGGUUAAGAAUGCACCGAUUACGUCUCCGGAUGUAGCGAGUGAAGUCAAAUCACCCAAAUUGAGUCCGACGACAUCAAAUGUGUUUAAAUCGAAACCUGGUACACAGCCAGCCGACGUUGCCGCCCAUCUGCAGUUGCUGGGAGAAAGCUUAACUAUAAUCGGGGAACGUUUGAAAGAGCACGAAGGACAAAUAACCGUGUCUGGCAGUCUAUCCGUACUACUAGACAGUUUGCUGUGCUCGAUAUCACCACUAAUUUGUUUGACCACCUGCAUUCCUGGAUUGGGCCACAAAUUGAACAACAUCAAAGGACAGCUCAGCGACACACUGGACAACAUUGCUUAUGUGAUGCCAGGCAUUUGAAAUUAAAAUUGAAAUCACC